GCCUCGUCUCCACCGGCGAGGGCACGGCGCCGACGGGCGGCGGUGCGGCCGCGGCGCGCUACAGCUGCGAUGCGUCCAAGUGCAAGCUGCCCGACUGCCACUGUGCCGAUGUGAAGCCGCCGGGCAACCUGGACAUCAAGUGAGUGUCCGAUGCGACGAGUGGCAGAGAGCGGGCAGAGAAGAGCAGACAGCGAGGUGACACUUGAAUGGUGUCGCGUGACUGCCGUACUGUUCAUCUGGGUCGCACCACGUGCGCCUGGCACAGACUGACACCCUUCUCAGGGACGUGCCGCAGUUCAUCACCCUCACCGCCGAUGACGCGCUCCAAUCCUUCACCGUCAACGCCAUGGCGAGCCUGAUGAACGGGCGCAAGAACCCCAACGGCUGCCCGGUGCGCGCCACGUACUUCACGCAGCUCGCCUACACCAACUACUCGAUGGUCACCGACUGGUACGUCGCCGGCAACGACGUCGCCGACCACACCGUCACGCACCAGGCGCAGCCGAGCACGGGCGAGAUCUCGGGCAACCUCAUUGCGCUCAACGAGCUCGCCGGCAUCCCCUUCCGCUCGCUCGGCGGCUUCCGCGCGCCGUACCUCAACUACACGCGCGACACGCUCGAGUCGCUCAACAAGAUGCAGUUCGUCUACGACAGCUCCUCGUCGUCGUCGGUGCCCACGACGGACGCCAACUCGGACGCCUUCUGGCCCUACACGCUCGACAACGGCAUGGCCAACGACUGCUCGGGCGACAUCCCGAACAUCUGCAGCGGCGAGCCGAAGCUGCCGGGCUUCUGGGAGAUCCCGAUGUACUCGGUGUACGAGAGCCCGACGCUGCCGCACCUCAUGGACCCGUGGCUCGACGCGAGCCCGGACAAGGUGCUCGGCUGGAUGCAGAACACGUUCCUCGACCACUACAACAACAACAAGCAGCCGUUCGGCAUGUACUCGCACCCGAUCCACAUUGCCACGGGCUACCCGGGCCUCGGCGACCCGACGCAGACGGUCAACAUGCUCAACCGCUUCCUCGACUUUGCGCACUCCAACUCGAGCAUGAGCAACGUGUGGAUGGUCACCAACACGCAGCUGCUGGCGUGGAUGCGCAACCCGGUGCCCGCCUCGCAGCUCAACACGCUCGACGAGUUCAAGUGCCAGACGCCCGACGUGCAGGAGGCCGUCAUCUGCAACGGCAUGCCCGACAAGCAGAACACGGUGCUGCAGCACUGCAUCAGCGACACGCCCGGCGACUCGCUCAACAACUCGCCCUUCUACACGUGCUACGGCUGCCCCACGACGCAGCCCACCGUCGACCAGCCGAGCCCGCCGCAGAACAACGCCACCGGCUCUAUCCGCACGCGCAUCAACGCGAGCUGCGACACGCCCUUCUGGGACCCCAUCGCCGGCAAGUGCCUCAACUCGGGCUUCACCGACGAGACGCGCUCGAUUGGUGCUAAUGGACAGGGCAUCACCUCCACCGGCACCACCGGCACGGCGACCGACGACUCGGGCACCAAGAUCGACCCCUUCACGACGUUCGGCUCGUCGGGCGGCGCCGCCGACCUGCUCGUGCCGCGCCUGGCCCUCGUCGGCGCCUCGGUGGCUGCUGCGCUUGCCGUCUUUGCUUGAGCGCCGCGCUUCUGUUCCCUUUCUCCUCUGCAGCCCGGCCGCUGCCUCAUUGUACUUUCACGCACCUCCCACAGACAAUCGAGCUAG